GUCCGCCUCGCAGUAGAAGCUUGGGCCGCUGACGCCACGCCACGCGAGCAUGUGGCUCUUGAAGGGUUCAGUCUGCUCAAGCCAUGCGACUAGGCUGCGCUUCCACAGUACAGUGAACGACAAUUACGCGAAGCUUAAGAAGCGACGAUGGGAAGCCUGCCAUACGCCGCUGAUGCUGAAAGCCCCCUCAAGCCUGCCGAGCUCCAAGUUCUCCGGUCACAGUACGACAAGGAAGGCGAAUACGUGAGCUUGCAGACCAAAUUCAACUUCGCCUGGGGCCUCAUCAAGUCCGACUCCCGUCAAGACCAACAAGAAGGCGUACGCUUGCUAUCUGAGAUCUUCCGCGCAAGCCCAGACAGACGGCGGGAAUGCUUGUAUUACCUAGCUCUAGGAAAUUAUAAGCUAGGCAACUACGCGGAGGCGAGGAGGUACAAUGACAGCUUGAUGGAGUUGGAGCAGGGUAACCUGCAAGCACAGAGUCUGAGGUCUUUGAUCGAUGAUAAGGUGGCGAAGGAAGGGCUUAUGGGGGUCGCGAUCGUGGGUGGGUUGGCUGCGGCUGCGGCCGUAGGUGUCGGUAUGCUUGUGAGAGGAGCACAGAGGGCGAGGAGGUGAGCAUGGAAGGUCUUUAUCGGAGUAUGGGGGCGUUAUAUGCAGGUGUGGUGGCAAGUCUUAUAUCCUUGAGUCUCGAUGCUUGCAAGCUUCUGUCGAACAACACUGUGGUGGUGGACUUUGGUCUGACGCAAUUGGUUGCGGGUAUUGAGCCUGCGCGUUUUGAAUGACACGCCGGAACUUGUAGUGCGAAGGCAUCGACAUGAACGUCGAUAUCUGUGAUCGGAAUCUAAUCGCAAUAGUAUGCGAAUUGGAAGUACAUGUACUUUCCAUCUCUGGCAGGCACGUUGUGUCGGCGCUAUUCGGCCGAUGCGCUUGGCCC